AUGGCGGAUGAGUUGGAAUUGAGAGGGGUGACAGAGUUGAUAUUCAAGAAUGGAAUCGAACAGAUUGUGGCAAUGGAAGGCAGCGAAAGGGUGGCUAGAAGUGUGAAAAUAGAUGUGUGGAGAGCGUUUUUUGCAAGGUAUAGAAUGAUGGAGAUGGGACUCAGCGAGUCGUCUUUGUAUCAAGUUGAGUUAAUAAUCAAACAGUUUGCCUGUGCUGGUUAUUGUACGUUGGAGAAGAAUGGGAAGAGUAUGAUUGUUGGGUGGAAGGGGACUCCGAUUCAUUCACUUUCUGCUUGGAAAUUCUCUCGAGAUAGAUUUAGGGAGAAAUCCCAUGGGGAACACUCUGCUGAUGGUUUUGGAGGCUUGCAAAAUAAAUUAAAUCACCUUAAACGGCAAAUUCAAGCAGAGAGAGUUCUUUCCAUACAACAAAGAGUUGAGAGUAACAGAAAGAAACUAGAAACUUAUGUUUCUCAUAUUCUAACAGCAGCAUCAAGUCGGAGUUCUUUCUCCAUGGAGGAGAAUGGGAUUGGUAAAACGCUGUCUUCAAGAAUUCAAAAUCCUCUCUGCAAGUUCAAUAGAUUUGCUCAAGGGGUGGGAGAUAAAGAUUAUGCUAAUAGUCAUGAAGUUAUAUCAACAAGCAUCAAACUGCCAUAUAUCCAAAUGAUACCAUCAUACACUACAUGGAUAUUUUUGGACAAAAAUCAGAGAAUGGCCGAAGACCAGUCUGUGGUUGGGAGGAGACGUAUUUAUUAUGACCAACAUGGCAGUGAAGCGCUGGUUUGUAGUGACAGUGAAGAGGAACUUCUAGAACAUGAGGAAGAAAAACAUGAAUUUUCCGAGGGUGAAGAUCGCAUUUUAUGGAUGGUCUUUCAGGAGAAUGAGCUAGAUGAGGAAGUACUGAACAUUGUCAGCCAAUUCAUUGGUGUAAAAACUUCUGACAUUCAGGACCGGUACAAGAGGCUCAAAGAGAAGUAUGAUAAAGAUUUCAGAGAUUGUGAGGAUUCUGGAUCUGAACGGGGUAUAUCUCUAGACAAGAGCCUUGGUGCUGCUCUAGAUUCUUUUGAUAACCUAUUUUGUCGUCGUUGCUUGGUAUUUGAUUGUCGUCUGCAUGGCUGUUCUCAAACUUUAAUCAAUCCUGUAAGCAAGGAAAAGCAGCCAUACUGGUCUGAGUAUGAAGAUGACCGGAACCCAUGCAGUGAUCAGUGUUACCUUCAAUUAAGAUAUGUCAAAGACAUGCCAGGAUUUUCGAGUAUUAGCACCCUACGUAGAGUAAAGUGUGCAAACUUAGAGGAGAAUACCAGUAGUGCAACAUUUUCUAAUGUGGAAGAGCCACAUCUGAGCGAUGGUGUAGAGAUCAUUUCACCUGAAAGAUGUAUUUCUGAGAAAGAAAUGUCUUUAAUUCUGGAAGCUGUUCCAAGCCCAAGAGUUUCUGCUGAAGCUGUAAAUACAAAUUCAUCCAUCAUGGAAAAGAAGAACCAUCAAGAUUUGGGAAAGCGCAGAGCCUUAGAAGAUAAAACUAUAGCGCAAGAUUACUCAAAAGACAGUUCUAACAGUCUCCAGGAUUCUUCGAGCAAGAAACAGAAGACAUUGAUAGCUUUGGAUGUAAAUUUGAUGUCUAAUACUGCUAUAUCAAGCAUGGAUCAAAUUUCCAGUUCCAGUGUCAAGAAGAGGCACCUAGCUAGUGGAACCCCCAAAGAAAGUAAAGUUCGAAUGACUGCUGGGAAUGUUCGUAAUGAAUCAGAUGAAAACACACCAGAAAUGCCAGAAUGCACGCAGUCAUCGUCUGUGAAACCUAUUGAGAAAGAACUCUAUUUGAAGGGAAUAGAAAUAUUUGGGAGAAACAGUUGCCUUAUAGCCAGAAACCUACUUUCCGGCUUGAAGACUUGCAUAGAAGUAUCAAUUUACAUGCGUGACAAUGGAUCUUCAGUUCUUAACAGAUCUAUUACACCCAAUUCAUUUUCAGAGGACAAAGGGAAAGCUGACUCAGAUAAUUUGGAGCAAGAAAUACCAACAAGAGGAAGGUUACUUCGCAGAAGGGGCAAAACACGAAAGCUGAAAUAUUCUUGGAAGUCUGCUGGCCACCCAUCAAGUUGGAAAAGAAUUGCAGAUGGCAAAAGUGAAUUUUGUAAGCAUUAUACACCAUGUGGAUGCCAGCCCAUAUGUGGGAAGCAAUGUCCUUGUCUAAGUCAUGGAACUUGCUGCGAAAAGUAUUGUGGGUGCUCCAAGAGUUGCAAAAAUCGUUUCAGAGGUUGCCACUGUGCAAAGAGUCAAUGCAGAAGCAGGCAGUGCCCAUGCUUUGCUGCUGGGCGUGAAUGUGAUCCUGAUGUCUGCCGAAAUUGUUGGGUUAGUUGUGGAGAUGGUUCAUUGGGUGAGCCACCUAAAAGAGGAGAUGGUCAGUGCGGAAACAUGAGAUUGCUCCUAAGGCAACAGCAGAGGAUUCUCUUGGCCAGAUCUGAUGUUGCUGGAUGGGGUGCUUUCUUAAAGAAUCCUGUCAACAAGAAUGAUUAUCUUGGAGAAUAUACUGGUGAAUUGAUUUCCCACCAUGAAGCUGAUAAACGCGGCAAAAUUUAUGACCGUGCAAACUCAUCAUUCCUGUUUGACCUGAAUGAUCAGUAUGUCCUUGAUGCUUACCGCAAAGGAGACAAGCUAAAAUUUGCAAACCACUCAUCAAAGCCAAACUGCUAUGCCAAGGUAAUGCUUGUGGCAGGAGAUCACCGAGUUGGCAUCUUUGCCAAGGAGCGUAUUGAAGCUAGUGAAGAGAUUUUCUAUGAUUACCAUUAUGGACCAGCCCAAGCACCCGCAUGGGCCCGAAAACCUGAGGGUUCAAAGAAAGAUGACUCAUCUGUUGGUCAAGGUAGAGCAAAGAAACACCAAUCUCACUAAUGCACUGUGUACUUGCUUGGAAUGUACAUUUUAGGGCAUGUUUCUAUAGUUCUUUCAUAGUUUUAAUCCAUACAACAUAUGAGAAAGAGGAGUUGGUUCUUGAGCAGACAGCAAUAUGAAGCUGUACUAUGAUUUUUGUGUAUAGAUGCUGAAAUAUGCCAAUUAUGAAGGAGGGACAAUAAGAUAAACAGGCAAUGAAAGUCAAAUAUUAGUAUAUUAUUAGUGUAAUAAGCUAGAAUUUUUUUCUAGCAGUUUCAUACUGCGGAGAUUUUGAACUUCUUUGGAAUUGUUGGGAUUAUAGUGGAAAA